AUUUUGUAUACAUAGUCCGACGGUGAAAUACUUUAUAUUAAUGGUAUUUUGAGAUUCGUAACAUCAAAGAGCGUGCGUACGCCUCGUACUUGUUGUGACACAAUAAUCUUGCAUUAAACGGAUACUACACUUGUAUUUUUGGAGAACCCUGCCAAGGGUUAUUAAUAAGAGAAAAGGAGAGCAAAAUGGGGUGCGCUGUAUCAUCAGAAGAUAAGGCCGCCAAUGAGCGGUCCAGAGCUAUCGAUCGUAAUUUACGAAUGGAUGGAGAAAAAGCAUCGAGAGAAGUCAAGUUAUUACUUUUAGGUGCUGGUGAAUCUGGAAAAAGUACAAUUGUUAAACAAAUGAAAAUUAUUCACGAAGAUGGUUAUUCUGAAGAAGAAUGUAUUCAAUAUAAAGCAGUGGUAUACAGCAAUACAUUACAAUCCCUUAUUACAAUUGUACGAGCUAUGGGAAACCUUAAAAUAGACUUCGGUCAUUCAGAUAGAGCGGAUGAUGCACGCCAGCUCUUUUCAUUAGCAAGUUCACUUGAAGAUGGUGAAAUGACAAUAGAACUCGGAGAUUGCAUGAAGCGACUCUGGACAGAUAAAGGAGUCCAAGUUUGUUUCAGUCGGUCGAGAGAAUACCAACUUAACGACUCAGCACAAUACUACUUAGACGCGUUAGAACGUCUGGUGGCGCAAGACUACAUCCCGACAGAACAGGACGUCCUGCGAUCUCGUGUAAAAACAACUGGUAUCGUCGAGACGCAUUUCGAAUUUAAAGACUUGCAUUUUAAAAUGUUCGACGUCGGUGGUCAGCGAUCAGAAAGAAAAAAAUGGAUUCAUUGUUUCGAAGGCGUCACUGCAAUUAUUUUUUGCGUUGCCCUUUCAGCGUACGAUCUCGUCCUGGCUGAGGAUGAAGAAAUGAACCGAAUGCACGAGUCUAUGAAGCUCUUCGACUCGAUCUGCAACAACAAAUGGUUCACAGAAACCUCGAUUAUUCUUUUUCUCAACAAGAAAGAUUUGUUCGAAAGCAAAAUCUCGAAGUCACCUCUCACCAUCUGCUUCCCAGAAUAUCAAGGAUCUAACACAUACGAAGAGGCAGCCGCUUACAUCCAGCUCAAGUUUGAGGAUCUCAACAAACGCAAGGACACCAAGGAAAUCUACACACAUUUCACAUGUGCUACCGACACAAACAACAUUCAGUUUGUAUUCGACGCUGUCACUGACGUCAUCAUCAAAAACAACUUGAAGGAUUGUGGGCUUUUCUGAAAAGUUUUGAUAAGUAAUUGUUGCCCUGUGUUGAAAUGUUUCCACCUGUAUGUAAGAACGGGUAGUUCACUCAACCAACAAUAUGUACUACAAGUCCGUUACUACUGCCUAUAUAUUUUUUGCAGCAAAGAUAUUUUCGAUGUCGACAUAUGAAUUGUAGUGAAUCGAGAAUUCUACUCAAUUGAAACCCUUUAUUUUUCUCAACAUUUUUAAGUAAAUUACAUCAUAGUCAUUCUCCAGUCGAGCGAGUUUUAGAGAAGUUACUCAUGCUCAAAUCGAGUGAGUUUUAAAGAAGUUACUCACUUCCUUUCGAGUGAGUUUUAGGGAAGUUACUCAUAUUCCACUUGAGUGAGUUUUAGGGUAAUUAAUUAGUCACUCUUCAUUCAAGUGGGUUUUAGGCAAGUUACUUAUCUCUACUUCAGUGAGUUUUAGGAAAAUUAUUCAUUCUAGAGAAGUUACUCUUUCUCUACUCGAGUGAGUUUAGGAAAGUUGUCAUCAUACAACAAGCAAAUUUGUGUCCACAUUUUGACUGGACAUAUUUCGGAUUUAUUAUUCUCAUAAACAACUAUUUUUUUUGUAAAUACCAUUGGAUAUUUUUUGCUUUUUCUCCAUUUUGUACUGUUGCAUUAUUAUAUGUGUCUCUCUCGCUAUUCUCGCACGUUGUUGUCAUCAUUGUCGUUAUUAUCGUUAUUCCCCUACCUGGCAGGAAUUUAUUUUUGUAGCUGAUGCUGUAUAAACGUCAUCCACGUAUUUGUACUUACUUAUUUUUUACUUUUUUUUACUCUAUUUGGAAGUCUACCCACAAAUAGAAUUUACGAUAUGAUGCUAAAAAACCAUUGGCCAUAAAAUCAUGAUAAUACACGGACUAUUCAAUGCAUAAAAUCUUACUUCCUCAAUUGAAAAAAAAACAUUGAAACAUGGGUCGUAUAAUUUGAUUGUCUUCAUAAACAUUUCAACAAUUUUCUCGAAGUCUAGAAUAAACAGAUAUUCAAAAUAAGGAAAACCUCCAUUUUUCAAUUCAAGUGUUAUUGUUUUUCAAGGUUUUUCCCUAUUUUAUUUCAGAGAUCAUGCCCAUUAGAACGUACCAGUGUGUUAAUAUUUUAAGGCCUGUUAUUUCUCUAGCCUUAUAUGAAUUAAUCUACUAAUAAGAAUACUGCUUAUCCCAUCAUUUUGUCAUUGUUCAUGUAACGUCCAAUCAUGUUUUUGGAAGGGCCCUUCAUUUUGGCAAUAAUUAAUUAUUAUGCUAACCUCUUUUUUUUUCAAAAAUGAGUUUUUGUCAUGCUUCAAUAGGCACUCACUCUAUUGGUUGAUCAAAACCAAGUUUCGUCUUGCUUCAAUGAGCAAUUGUCCUAUUGGUUGUUAAAAAUUCAAAUUUCUGUUAUGCUUCAGUAGGCACUCAUCCUAUUGGUUGAUAUAUUCAUGUUCCAUAUUCUUGUCUUUGUGGUAUAGGACGGUGUGUAAUUUAGUGUUUAGUACUCGUUUGGUGGUCAAUCACUCCUUCAAUGCUAAAUUGACUAAUUAUCAUUUCCCAAAAAUUCCCUUUUUAUUAUCUGAAAGUUAUCACAUUAUGACAAUUUUAUUUUCAAAUUCAAAAUUAAUAUGAUGCACAAAAAAUGGCAAAAAAAAGUUUUUUUUUUCGAUAUGGGUGCAUGAGUUCGGCAUUUUUCAAUGAAUUGGCCUUGAAACAAAUACUUUUACAUUAUUCGAAAUUGUAUUUAGUUGGGAAUAGUUAGAAAGAAAAUGAGCACCCCUGUCUCACCCAGAUUUGAAUUAUUACCGUAUGCAUUGGACUGUAUGGUAAUGCCACGACUAUUGCUCUCUACUAAUUUACUAACACCUUUAAUUAACUCAAUAUAUCGUCUGUCAUCUGCUUUUCGAGUUGCACCAUGUUUAUUCGUUCAUGUCAUUUCAUUGAUAUGGUACGAUUAUUGUACAAAAUUAUUUGAUUGAUAUAUGUGCUUUUUCUGUAGCGUUGUUUCAUAGUUAACUCGACCACCUGGUUUACAAGCACUUUAAUAUGGUGUGUGUUGCCAUUCGUCGCACAUUAUAGGGAAUAAUGUUGGUUAAAUACCUUUAUCAGUACCAUUGCUUUGUUGAUCGAAAAAAUUUCAUAUUGGCCGUAUUGAGAUUUUUAUCUCUAAUGUGUGAAUAUAUUCGUUUUCUUGCCUUUGUUGCAUAGAAUUACUAUAAAUUUCACUAAAUUAUUCAAUAAUUUCAACAGUAUAGAUUUUGUCCAAUGUUCUUAAUCCUCUUGUCAAUGUUAAUGGGCAGGCUCUGUAAUGCUGUGCGACUGGUUGUAUGGAUGGCUCUAACUUUAUCAUUUUAUAUGUCUACGAAGAAAAUUGAAGAAUACUUCAUAUUAUGCUAAUUUUUUUCUUGUUUUUACUCUCUUUCCGCUGUACCUUUUUGUCCCCCAAAAUAGACAGAAAAAAAAUUGAAAAAAUAUUCGUCCAGUUAAUAAUCUCCUAAAGGAUUUGGCUCCUUAAUUGAUGUUUGUUAUGGCUUAUACUUCAUUUAUACUACCACUCAUGGUUAAGGAUACUUUUAAAUAUUUUUUCUCAAUUUGAGAUUGGUUUAGAAUGAAAUGAGUUUAUUUUUGUUUUUGUUGAGGUUAUAUCAAUUUAAGAUAUGUUUUUAUUGAAAAACAAAUGGUUAUGGUAAAGAAAAUCGCCGUUUGGAACUUUAUUAUAAAGUACUACACUCUCUACAUCAUGUAUUGUUUGACCCACGUUCAUCAUCUUUUUUAUUUAUUCGUUGUGAUUGUAUAAAUACACCAAGUGAUAACCAUA